GGAAAACCUCUUCUGCUUGUGAUUCAGUUUGCGCACGACUUAUCAAAACACGUGGAAUAUUUUUAAAAUGGAACUUAAAUGUGAAGUGCAAACUUAUGAUUGGGGAAGAUAUGGGAUUGAUAGCACUGUUGCAACAUUAAUGAAAUCUGCAAAUUCAGAUUUUGUAUUAGAUGAAAAGAAACCAUAUGCUGAGCUAUGGAUUGGCACACAUCCUAAUGGUCCUUCAUAUAUGAAGGAAUUAAAUAUAUCUUUAGAAGAAUAUAUAAAACAAAAUAGUAAAAUAUUAGGAAAUGAUGUUAAAAGAAUAUUUGGACAUCAUUUACCAUUUCUCUUUAAAGUAUUGUCUGUGAAUAAAGCAUUAUCAAUUCAAGCACAUCCAAACAAGGAAAAGGCAAGGGAAUUACAUCAGCAAUAUCCUACUAUUUACAAAGAUGCAAAUCAUAAACCAGAACUUGCAAUAGCAUUAACUCCAUUUGAGGCUCUUUGUGGUUUCCGUCCAAUCUGUGAAAUACAAGAGUUUCUAAAAAUUCUUCCAGAAUUACGUACUAUAAUAGGAGAAAAUAAAGUACUUAAAUUUAUAACAACAGAUGAAGCAAGCAGUACAGAAACUUUGAAAACAUGUUUCCAUAGUCUUAUGACUUGUGAUCCUGAAUUAGUAGCAUUACAACUUAAGAAAUUACUUGAUAGACUAUCUAAUUUAGAUGAAUCAUUAAGGCAAACUUUACAUGCUAGUUUAAUGGAGAGACUACACUCAGAUUAUCCAGGAGAUGUAGGAUGUUUUGGCAUUUAUUUUUUUAAUUUUAUAACACUGCAGCCUGGUGAAGCUAUAUAUCUUGGACCAAAUGAACCACAUGCAUAUCUUUCUGGUGAUUGUGUAGAAUGUAUGGCAUGUUCAGAUAAUGUAGUGCGUGCAGGUCUGACUCCUAAAUUAAAAGAUGUGCCUACAUUAGUUGAAAUAUUAUCUUACACUUGUGAUCCAAUUUCUGCAAAAAAAUUUCAACCUUCUCGUGAAGACGAAUGCACAGAAAUAUUUCGUCCUCCUGUAAUAGAUUUUGCUGUUGCUAAGAUUACUAUUCCUCCUGGAAGAAGUUCAUAUAAUAUAAUUCCCAGAAGUACAGCUAGCGUCUUAAUUAUUAUUAACGGAAAGGGUGAAAUUUCACCGUCAAAAAUUCUUUGUCAAGGAUCUGUUGUAUUUAUUCCAGCAAAUGAAAAAGUUGGAAUCAAGGUUUUAUGCGGAUGUCAUCCGAUGUUGAUGUUUCAAGCUUUUGUAAAUAUUUAAGAGUAAUCAUUGAAUGUUUAAAAAAAAAGUGAUGAAAAAACAGUAUAUUUGC